AUGAGUUCUCGCAUUACUAGCAGAAUCAAUAAACUUUUGCACAACCCGCAAGAAGAAUUUGAAGAUAUAUAAAAUAAUGAUGGACGCAAUGAUUCUGAUAUUUCUAUUGAAGAAAAUCUAAAAACCUAAAAAAACUAAUUUAUAUUUCUUGAAACACUCAAUAAUGAAUCACGUUACGCAAACAAUAAUGCCGUGGGUUUGGUCAAUUCUCUCGUCGAAAGAUCACAACAAAAAUAGUAGGUAUCUUAAAGAUAUUAGAUUAUAGGAUUCUACAAGGUAAAAAAAAGCAAUAUCAAUGCGAAAGAUAUUUGUUUUUUUGUCAUGCACAAAAUCUUGAGAAGUAUUGUCAAAAGUCUCAAAAAUGUAAAUAAUUAAAAUGAUAAUUAAAUUGGAAAUUAAAAUAAUAAUUAGAAAUCAUAAGAUAAAGAUCAUAAAGAUUUGAACCAUGAAUUAAUAUGGUGUGACUUUAUUGUUUGUUAAAGUGACAACUUGGCUGCUUGUAUCAUUGAUUUCAGAAGUUGUAUAACUGCCUUUAAUAAGGAUUUUUUUUCCGAUAUUCUUAGGAUCUAAGAAUACAAGUUCGCACCCUAUUAUCAUCUCGCCUGCGCAAGGAGCUCAUUAGACAAUCUGAAAAUGUUAGGAAGAAAUACUUAAGUUGAGAUUAAAAAUUUGCAGGUAUAUAGUUUCUUCAAGGCGUAUAUGGGUGAUAUAAAAAUCAAAACCCUGGGAGAAUUUAAAAAAUUUUUAACUGAGGCUUAAGAAACUAAUAGAAAAAUGUAACAAAUCUUCGAUUCAUGGUCUGAAACUUAAAACUUUAACAAAUAGUAGUAAUAUUUGAAGGAAUUUUAAGACUUUUAUAUAAAAAAGUUUUAUGGACUUGUAGAUAUAUGCUCUGUCUUGAAUGGCUUUGAGUAACAUUGUAUAGCGCAUAAAUGUAGGAAACAAUAAAAAUGUAAGCAGUAGAUAUAAUAAUUUCAGAUUAUUAACAACACAUCUAUUAGCUGUAAGGAUAGAUUAUAAAAAUGCCAGAAUGUAUAAGAAAUUUGGAUUUAAUUGUACUUGCUAGAUGUAGAAUUUACAUAGUGUGCUCUCUUGAUGGUCUCUAAAAUGAACAAAUUCACAUACUAAGAGUUGGAUAAAGGAUGGGAAAAAUUUUUAAAAAGGCUAAACAAUAACGAAUAAAAAGUUUAAAAAAUCUUCGAUAUCUUCUAGUCUACUUUUAAAUUGGAAGAAGAGCAAAAUGACUAAAGAACAUAGGGUAUGCUAAUUUAAGAAGAGAAUCAUUAACCAGUAAAAUGGGAUGUAGAUGAGUAUAUUAUGGAUGAUAAUACGUUGAUGACUCCAUAUUAAUUUGAUAAUAAUUAUGUCUUUAUGUAUGGGUAUGAUAAUGAAGAAAAUAAUGGAAAUUAAUCACAGUAUCAACAUGACUAUAGUGAUGAAAUAGAAGAAGAAACUAAUAACAAGAAUAUGAAGAAGCUUCAUAUUAGUUUGACACCGAGUCAUCAAUAAUAUGAGUCAAGUAGCAGAUCCUAUAUAAGUUAUUAAUGGUGA